GACCCACGAUCUGGAGGAAAGGGUCAGAGAGGUACUUCUACCAGCGGUGCCUGCACGUUUUUCCAGUCUUCUGCUACAACUUUGGCUUCAGCUACCGUUUUUAAUACUUGACUCAGGCUCUUGACUUAUUCGCUGUGGAUGUUUUUGGGUCGAAAACUGUCUUCAUCGUUACUACAAGGGAGCCUGUUGUUUUUCUUUCUUUUUUCUUUUUUUUUCUUUUAAAGUAGAUUCUAGAAGUAACGGGCAGCAGCUAUAACGAGGCUACAGCAGGCUAGCUAACGUUAGCCAGCGACCUGGCUAGCUGCACACGAGCUGAGCAUUGCUCGGUGGUGGCGGGGGGGCGGAUUGCCUACAGUGUCAUUUGAUGGAUCCGAGGAUCGCCUGGUUCCAACCAGAACAACGUGGACCCGCUAACAACCUGUGGAUGCAGAUUUGGGAGAUGACACAGAGAAUUAGCUACUUGUACGUGAAUAACAGCUACACUACUGUAUCGAGCCCAAAAGCUAACGUUAACGGGGUGUCGGGAGCCGUCGUCGCGGAAGGAAACGAGGCACCCGAUACAAAAAGCAGCGGCAUCGGAGAAGCCAAGACUCAGGGGAUGUCGGCCCCGAUGGGGGAUGGAGAAUUGACAGUACAGGGGGACUUUAUACCACUUGAAACUAACAGCAACCACAACAGCCGAGUCGUUGGUACGGGCGGUGUCGGUGGAGGAGGGCAGCAACAGCACGGCAGCGGGGUCGCUGUGAGCGGAGUCACGGACGGACAGCCCCCCAAAAGAAAAAGGGACAACAAAGCUAGCACUUUCGGAUUCAGUGUCAUCUUGAACGGUGACAAUAAAGAAUAUGUUGGUUACACGGGCACGCCAUGGAAAGAAAGGAACUACUCAGAGGGAAUUAUAGGGCUACAUGAGGAGAUUAUAGACUUCUAUAACUACAUCUCCCCACGGCCAGAGGAAGAGAAAAUGAGACUGGAGGUGGUGGACAGAAUCAAGGAAGUCAUCCAUGACUUGUGGCCAAGUGCUGAGGUUGAAGUGUUUGGGAGUUUCAGCACUGGUCUUUAUCUGCCAACAAGUGACAUUGACCUGGUAGUUUUUGGGAAGUGGGAGUCACUCCCUCUCUGGACUUUAGAAGAGGCGCUCCGAAAGAAAAACGUUGCUGAUGAAAACUCCAUCAAAGUUUUGGACAAAGCCACAGUUCCCAUCAUUAAACUGACAGACUCUUACACUGAAGUUAAAGUGGACAUCAGCUUCAAUGUGACGAGUGGAGUGAAAGCUGCACGUCUCAUCAAGGAAUUCAAAGAGAAAUAUCCUGUGCUGCCUUAUCUGGUCCUGGUGCUGAAGCAGUUUCUACUGCAACGGGACCUCAAUGAGGUUUUUACCGGUGGAAUUGGCUCCUACAGUCUCUUUCUCAUGGCUGUCAGCUUUCUGCAGCUUCACUACAGGGAGGAUGUGUUUGGUCUCAACAUCAACAUUGGUGUUUUGCUCAUUGAAUUCUUCGAGCUCUAUGGGCGCAACUUCAACUACCUGAAAACAGGCAUCAGGAUAAAAGACGGCGGGUGCUACGUUGCCAAAGAUGAGGUUCAGAAGAACAUGUUGGAUGGCUACAGGCCCUCCAUGCUCUACAUUGAGGACCCACUGCAGCCAGACAAUGAUGUUGGCCGCAGCUCUUACGGUGCCAUGCAAGUGAAGCAGGCAUUUGACUACGCCUACGUGGUGCUCAGCCAUGCCGUGUCACCCAUCGCCAAAUUCUACCCCAACAAUGAGAGUGAGAGCAUACUUGGCCGGAUCAUCCGUGUGACUCAGGAAGUGGAUGACUACAGAGAAUGGAUCCGAAAAAAAUGGGGAAGCCCACUCAACAAAAAUGAAGUCACAUUGUUUGAAUCGCAGCAGCUUGAUGAGCGCAACAACAACGUUCCAGAUGACGACGAUGAUCCUGUGGUGGCUGUACUGUCAACUCCUCUCAGCAAAACUUCCUCCAACUCUUCUUCCCCGUCACUCCGCUCCUCUCCCUCCUCCUCCCCACUGUCGCCGUCUUCCACAUCCUCUACUUCCACCUCAAGUGAUGGGGACUCUGAUAGUACACCUUGUAAGACUGCCAAACAGCAGCCCAGCCGAGGAUCCAGUGCUCACAGAGAAAAGUCUGCUGCUGUCAGCAAUCACAGAACACAGAGCCACACUACCAGCACUCCACCUGGAGGCAACAAGGGAGGAAAGGCCAGGAUGUCUCGUUCUCACCAAAAGAGUGGCCAUCACGGGCAGCAGAACAACUUCUCCGGUGGCAAAAGCCACCCGAGCAACAAGCCGCACCACCACCACUACCAGGCCAACAGCAAGAGGAGGAAAAAUGUGCGAGACUCUACACAAGAGGAUCUUUACAGAUAGGGUUAAUUUUGCUAGCAUCACCCCACAUCCCCCUUCCUUUUCUGCAACUGACUGUCACAUCUUACUUCUGCUGCCAGACUCGAGCCUUGGGAGACUACUAGUAUUGAAACAUCGUCUAGAACUCUUUCAAUCUGGCUUUUCAGGGUGACGAGCAACAUCCUCUAGCAGGGAGGAAAAACUCACAAAGAGAAUCGUAAUUGGAAAUGGACAUAAUUUCAUGGACUUGAACUGAAAUCACAAAGGGUAAACGGUCAGUUUCCAGCUUCCCAACAGCUUCUUGUAAGGAGUGGGGUUUUUCUUUCCAUAGGCAGCACCUACACAAUAUGCCUCUUGCGCCUCCUGCUGUACAGGAAUGGACAGGCCAGGUGUGUGGAAUCAGCUCUGGAGCAAUACCUGGAACUGCCUGCUGGCUGGAAAAUAGUAUCAAAGGUUUUAAAGAAAAAUGAAAGUAUGCAAAUGGCUUAAAAUGUACAAAAAAAAGUUAUGUUGAACAGAAAAUGUGUAUGAAGAAUUUUUUUUUUUUUUUUUUUUUUAAUGAUGGUCACUUACAAAUGCAAUCAGUAAGAGCGGGGAAAUAACUUAUGCAUGAUAUGUUUUUAGUUGAUUUAAAUUGUUUUGUUAUGUCUAAACAGGUUAUACAAAGAUUUGUACAAAAAAACACACAAAAUAAGCAAAAAACUGUUUAAAAAAAAUCACAACUAAGAGGAACCUAUUUCGUAUGACAUUUUUACAGACAAUUUGAAGUCGUAUAAACAUGCACAUUUUGCUCCCGUUGCUUUGGGUCCCAUUGCCAACAGAAAUCAUCAGCAUCUAGUUUUUCUCCUGUUUGCUUUCUGAGUGUGCUACAGUGUUAACAGUUAGCCCUGAGUGAGCCUUUGCUCACAAUACAGCCCUAUAGAUGAGCAGAGGGAGCUCGAGUUCUCUUAUCCAGCUCAGUCGCAUCAGUCCGAGGCUUUAAGACUACAGGUUUGAAACGUAUAGGGCGAUAAUGGGUUUUAUUGGGGGGGGGGAAAACACAAAAAAUAAAAAAAACAACAAAAUCCUACACUUGAAAACGUGUCAUCAAUGCGAUAAUAAUCUGUUUCUCUGAUAAUUUACAAACUACAAAAUCAUUUGUAUUUGUUAAAUGUAUUUAUUUUUUUAUUAAUUGUAUGAACAUAGUAUGGAUCUGUGUGUUUAACAUUAGAGCCCAUAUCUUUGAGUCCUAUAUUUGAAAUGGGAUAAGUUGUCGGGAGGUGGGUUGGGGUUGGGCAUGUUAGGAUACAGGAAGAUGCCACCUUUUUAUUGUUGUACUACUACUUCUUUUUUUUUUUUCUUUUUUUUGUUCCACUGACAGUUGAGUGACCAAGUUACUUUGAACAAUUUAAGACCAUUUUACAAGUCAUGUGGUGAGAAUUUUGUAUUAAUGUGGCUGGUCUACCUAGUUUAAGAGAGACUAUUUGUUUUACGGUUUAUAAAUCAACAAGAACACUUCUGUCAUUGCAGUACAGCAACUAACCUGUAGAUGGAGUUAUUGCUCCAAGUCUUAAUCCACAGAGUUUGGGCUUGUAUGCUGCAUUUGGGUUUGUUUGUUUUUUUGGGGUUUUUUUUCCUUCCUUUUUUUUUUUUUUUUUUUUUUUUUUUUUUUUUUUGGUUUGUGUGUGAUUGUGAUUGACAUAAGCUUAGUGUCUCGUCUGAAUAGGCAGCUGCACAUAGCAAACUUUGAACUUAAACAGUUUUUCUAGGAGGGAGUCUCACACCGAAGCACAGUGCAGUCCCCUCGUCAUCUACCUUUCUUAGAUGUGACAAGAAUCACCCACAGUAAAACAAGUAGCCAGCAAUAACCACCACCUCAUGUUAUAGAAUGCUACUCCACAAUGACUACUGUAGCGACACAAUGUUUUGCUCACCACCGAGCUACGUUAUGUGUUUAGAUGGAGCAGGAUCAGGACACUUUUAAGUCAACUUACUGUUAUUUGGUGUUGAAUUAUUUAAAAAAACAACAAAAAAAAAACUACAGUUCCACUACCCUUCCAACACCUCACUCAUCCUCAAGUACUACAGCUGAGGUUAAAAA